UACUUGAAAGAUAAAAUGAGGGAAAUAGUUCAUAUCCAAGGAGGCCAAUGCGGAAACCAGAUUGGGGCUAAGUUCUGGGAAGUUAUAUCCGAUGAGCAUGGCAUCGAUCCGACGGGAACGUAUCACGGAGACUCCGACCUCCAGCUGGAGCGCAUCAACGUAUAUUAUAACGAGGCGACCGGAGGAAAGUACGUGCCUCGGGCUAUCCUUGUGGACCUGGAGCCCGGGACAAUGGACUCUGUACGCUCUGGACCAUUCGGUCAGAUCUUCCGUCCGGACAACUUUGUCUUUGGGCAAUCGGGUGCUGGUAACAACUGGGCUAAGGGUCACUACACCGAAGGCGCAGAGCUGGUAGAUUCUGUGCUUGAUGUAGUCAGAAAAGAAGCUGAAGGUUGCGACUGUCUGCAAGGAUUCCAGUUGACUCACUCACUUGGCGGAGGAACUGGGGCUGGUCUUGGAACGUUACUUAUUUCUAAAAUUCGUGAAGAAUACCCCGAUAGGAUCAUGAACACCUUUAGCGUUGUUCCUUCACCGAAAGUGUCUGACACCGUAGUUGAGCCGUAUAACGCAACCCUCUCCGUACAUCAGUUGGUGGAGAAUACAGAUGAAUCAUACUGCAUUGACAACGAGGCUCUGUAUGAUAUCUGCUUCCGCACCCUGAAGCUAACAACCCCAACUUAUGGCGACUUGAACCACCUUGUUUCAGCGACAAUGUCAGGCGUGACGACUUGCCUACGGUUCCCUGGUCAGCUGAAUGCAGAUCUGCGCAAGCUAGCAGUGAACAUGGUGCCGUUCCCACGGUUGCACUUUUUCAUACCGGGUUUCGCGCCUCUGACGUCACGCGGGAGUCAGCAGUACCGUGCGCUGACGGUGCCGGAGUUGACGCAACAGAUGUUUGACGCGAAGAACAUGAUGGCGGCUUGCGAUCCGCGCCACGGUCGCUACCUGACUGUGGCCGCUAUUUUCCGAGGUCGCAUGUCUAUGAAGGAGGUGGACGAACAGAUGAUGAACAUUCAAAACAAGAACUCAUCGUACUUUGUUGAGUGGAUUCCAAACAAUGUUAAAACAGCGGUUUGCGAUAUUCCGCCUCGAGGACUAAAAAUGUCUGCUACAUUCAUAGGCAACUCAACAGCAAUACAGGAGCUGUUUAAACGUGUCUCGGAACAGUUCACGGCUAUGUUCAGGCGCAAAGCGUUCUUACACUGGUAUACGGGCGAGGGUAUGGACGAGAUGGAGUUCACCGAGGCAGAGUCAAACAUGAACGACCUGGUAUCGGAGUACCAACAGUACCAAGAUGCUACUGCUGAAGAAGAAGGCGAGUUCGACGAGGAGGAAGAAGGGGGAGACGAGGGCGACUAG